UUUAUUUUCUUCCUCCCUGCUCUUUCCAAAUUUUGAGUGUUUUUUACGCAAACCAUUUACUGUCUCCUUCUUCUCUCAUACCAUACAUCUUUUUCUUCAUUCCCUCAUUUGGACUAUCUUCUUUGAGUACAAACCAAACUCAUUUAACAAAAUUUCUUGUUUGGUUUUUGAUACGUUCAAGAAAAUAACCGUCAAAAAGAACUCAUUUUGUUGGAAGUUUUUCUUUUUCUUUCUUUGUUGAUGAUAAUGGAGAAAAGAAGUGGUAGCUUCCUUAGCUUCUUUGAUCGGAAUGGAAAAUCUCCAAAGAAACUCCUUUAUGUUUCAAACCACGCAAAGGAAAACAUUGAAAUCAUGCCAAUGUCACAGAUAAAGAUGGAUGAGAAUGGAGAAAAUCCUAGUAAUAUUGCAAGUACUGAUUUUAACUUUGCCUUAUUAUCAAUUAGUAGUGAUGAUGAUGAAGGGUGUGAUAAACCCCCAGGGCUAGUAGCCAGACUCAUGGGUUUGGAUUCAUUGUCUCAGUGCUCCUCCACUUCAUUAUGUUGUCACUUAGAUUCUUUAAACAUGGCACUUAAGUCAAACAAGUCUUCUUGUGAUACCAUUGAACCAAAGGCUCAUAAAGUGGGAAAUACAACAAUGAAAAGAUUUCAAAAUGAAACUUUGUUUUCAAAGUCUGCUAAACCCAUUUCAGUUACUCACAACAAACAUUUGUCUCCUAUAAAAAGUCACGUUAAUAUGAAACCUAAGAAUACAGCAUAUAUAAUGGGAGCAUCUGCUAAGAGAAUUGUGGCAAGUCCCGAACUAUAUAUGAGGAGCACAAUGUCUUCAAUUGGACAUUUAUCUGUUCCUCUGCGAACUCUUGAUCUGCAAGAGAAAUUGGAAAUAGCGCAACUCGGAUCCAAGAUGAGGAGCAACUUAUAUAAGUCUACUUCAAUCUUCAAAGGUUCAAGAGAUUCAGAAAAUAAUAGGUCUUGCCUUGGUAAAGGAAAAUUUGCUUCACUUGCAACACCAUCCAAAACCCUUGUUCAAAGUAGGGAUACAUUGAAUUUGAAUGGAAAUAGGAGAUACUUGAAGAAGAAAGAGAUAAAAUCAAACCAUAAAAAUUGGAAUGGUCAGAACAGCACCGUUCUUAGGCAAACCAGCAAAGGUAAAUCAUCUUCAAAAGUUGACACCAAUAAGUCAACACAAACCUGUUCUUCAGAAAGUUCGACCGGAGCUAGGACGACGACAAACAAAUGUGCUGUAAAUUCUUACUAUGAAUCCAAAAAGUCCAGAACAAGAGUAACUGAUAAGCAAAAGGAGCUUUCAGUAUCCAAAAGAAAGAGUUCUUCCGAAAAGAAGAGGUGUGAUCAGAAUGAUGCACGAGGUUCUGAUAAUGUAGUUAAUACUCAUGAUAGAAAGUCUAUAAAAUGUAAUGUUACAAUGGAUGAAAGUAUUUACAAUGAUGCAUAUAGCAUGACAGAAAGCAGGGAUGUCAUUUCAUUUACAUUUAAAUCUCCAUUGAGGAAAAAUGCAUCUCAGUCGCAGUCGACUACUAAGCAAGUGAUGGAAACAAGGACCAGAAUUGAUGUCGAUUCUUUUCUUCAUGUUGAUAAGGUUUAUCCUACCAGGUUACAUGUAAUGGAUGUUGAUACAUUAAGUGUCAUGUUAUCUCACAUUAACCCACCUCAAUGUACCUUGGAAAUAGAAAGGUGUUCUGAUGAUUUUGAAUCUAUUUCGGAAGAUAGAUUUAACAACAUGGCAUGCAACACAUCAAGGGAACAUGACAAUUUCUUUCACCUGAACCUGCUUAGUGAUAAACUGGACAGCAUGGAUGACAAUUGCUGUUCUUCAAAUUAUUAUACAAUUCCUGGCAUGAAUCAGCAACUUCAGAUAUCAGAACCAAUGGAAGAUCUGAGCCGUAACAGCAAUGAAAGCAGAGACGAUUUAUGUUAUCAGCAUACAAGAACUGUUGCUACUUUUGAAAAUCCUUUCAUCAGCAAAAGUAACUUGGAUAGUGAAGAUAGCACAUAUGGAGGCAACAGAGUUUAUUCUUCCAUGCAAGAUGAAAAAGUAUAUAGUUCUCAAAUAAAUGAAUCUAUAUCACCUGAAUACAAGAUGAAUUGGUCAGAGAAAAGCUCUACAAGAUCGUCAAGGAUGAUGGAACUUGAAUAUGUAAAGGAUAUACUCCGCAAUGUAGAAUUGAUAGCAGAAGAGUUAGUGGUGGGUGAGACAGACAAUAUAAUGAUGCUAACUCUCUUUGAUCUGUUGGAGAAUCAAAGAACUGGUGUGGAAAGCUAUGAAGAAUACUCUAAGCUCAAAAGGAAAGCUAUAUUUGACUGUGUAAGUGAAUGCAUAGAAUUAAGAUGUAGGCAAGUUUUUGUUACAAGGUGCAAAGCAUGGCCUAGAUGCAUGGUGGCAUCAGUGAAGAGGAAAGGUUGGUUAGCAGAAGUGUACAAGGAGAUGGUGGAAUUUAGAAGCAUGGAAGAAGAGGUGAUGGUGGAUGAGCUUGUUAGCAAGGACAUGAGCACUCCAUUGGGUAGAUGGCUUGACUUUGACAUUGAAGCCUUUGAAAAUGGCUUAGAACUUGAGCUUGACAUAGUUACCUAUUUGAUAGAUGAAUUGGUUUCUGAUUUGUGGCUUGUUUAAAUCCCUUGGUACAUCAAUCUCAUUGAAUGAAAAUUCACACAUUAUUAGAGGAAGAUCAAUCUCAUUGAGGAUUUACAAUAGAAUUUACGUAUAACCUCAACUAUAGAUUUUUGGAUUUGAACCCGAGUCACAUCGAGUGAGCGGAAGGUCCAACUAUGUAUGUGAAAUGUGAACUACAAUUGGCUAAAUAAUGAUAUUUUUUUGGUCAACUGGAUUAUUAAUUAUAUGAUUAGCAUU